AUGACCCCCCUCCAUUGUCAAGGAGGGGGGGGGAACUGUAAUUCUAGGGAGGUGUAUGUCGUGGAUGCGAUUUGUGAAGGUCGGUGUGGGGAUAAGAAGACGGAAGAGGACGGGGCAAUGAGAAAUUGGCAGCGCACGCUUCACUCACGCAUGUUUCCUCCUUUGGUAGGUGAGGGAUUUACGUUUGGGGUCGAACUUCUUUCGCCGCGGGAUCCUUCUCUCGCUUCAACCUUCUGCGACGCCGUGGCGUUGGUCCGUCCGUACCGGCCCGCUUACUACAUUUUGCCCAUGAAGGCACCGUACUUUACCGCCUCCGGGUGCAGUGGGUUGCAGACCGCCGUGGAUUGUGUAAGGCAAAUUGGUGGGCGCGUGAUUCUUACAGUGACCGCCACGAUGAGUGCAGAUGACAACAACAACAUGGCCGCUACAUACGAAGGGGUGCGACGUAUUCUUCACGACUUUGUGGUGAAGCGUGGUGGCGACUCGCUGCUGUUACUCCGCGGAGAUGCGAUGCUACAACGGCAAGGAGACCAGGCGUCGUCUCAGACGAAGGAGCGACAUGGCGACUUCCAAGACAGUGUAGAGCUGCUGCAAUUUGUGGCUAGAGAGGUAAAAGGACUGGCCGAUGCGCCGGUGUCGCUCUUCUCCAGCGGAUAUUCUCAGGGUCAUCCAAUGGAUCGCAUAUGGGACGGUGACCGCCAGGCGUCCCUGUCGUUUAUGGAAGAACUGUCCAAUGGGAUCAACGAGAGGGGCGUGGAUAACACGGGACAUCUCUCGACCCGUACGUGGGACGCAGCGUGUGUGAAUGUACGCAAGUUAAUUCACCGUGUGGAGCAGGUACUCUCUUUGCGUGAUGUACCAUCGGAUUUACCACACGACGCAAGGCAGCGGGCGGUGCAAACGUUGGUGCUUGAAAAAAUUUUGCGGCACGGUGUUCGCGGGAUUAUUACACAAAUGCUCACAAGUGCAGAGGAGUUCAAUGCGUACGUGAACGACGUGCGCCGUGAGCUUCGCCACGCCGACGCUGGGGAGCUGGUGGAUGAGGUUGUGGUUUUGCCCACCAUCAUGGCACCCCUUGCGGCGGAGGAGUAUACACGCCUCUUGUUGUUUACAAAAACCAUACCGAGCGCAGCGGUGCAGCAGGCGCUACGUGCGUACCGUGACGGUUUGAAGGCGGCAGUGGCUUCAGCGACACGGCUCGGGACAAGCGAUGAAGAGAAGGUUUGUGCUCUGAUGAGCACCAAGACGGCGCUGGAGGAGACAUUUCGCAGAAGACUGGAGGAUGAGACUCUGGCGAUGUGCCGCACGCUCUUCCUCUCCGGACAUCGGCACCUGAACUGCUCCGCGUUUAAGAGCACGUAUUUACCCCUUUUGCUGCGGCUGCUUGACCGGCUCCAAGAGGAGGCGAAUGGCCAUUGCGGCGCGUCUCCUGUACGGGGAAGUUGUCCUUCCUUCCUGUAG